AGAUCGUAUUGGCAUAGCGUCGCAGAGUUACGAUUAAGAAGAUCAGCAACGAACAGCGCCAGAGUCCCAAAGAUAUAAAACUCAUUUUCAGCAAGAUGAUGAUCCUCGACGGGAGAGCAGUUGUGGGAUUGAGCCUCCUCCUCGCCACAGUUUCCGCUCGACCAGGUGGCUACGGAGUGAAGGGAGCCGUCGGCGGACACGGACACCAUCAUCGAGGCGACGCGGAGGACGGAGCAGCAUCCGCAGAAGCUAACGCACAUGCUGAAAACCUAAGCAGUGGCCUCGGCGGAAGCGGAGCAGGUGCUAAAGCAAAUGCUAACGCGGAGGCUGCAGGAAUCGGUUCAGCUGGUGGCCACAGUGGUGCCAACGCCGCCGCCAACGCUGAAACUGGAAGCCACGGGCAUGACGGCCACAUUCACGACAUUGCUGGACCUCCGAAAACCAGCGAAGGGUUGACAUUCGACAGUAAUGAUCACGUCCCAGGUUUUCCACACGGCCCAGGACAGGGCGAUCAGCACGCCCAUCACCAUCAUCAGGAACAUCAACAGGGAGCAGGACUCGCGAUCAAUGGAGGCCCCGGAGUGUUCGGCGAAGGAUCUUCCGGUAGCGCCGGAAGUCUGGCUCAAGGGGUGGGAAUCAGCCAGAAUCACAACGCUGACGGAUUCGGCCAUGCAUCUUCCGGUAGCGGAGCAGGUCACACGAAUGAGGCGGUAAUCGGUGGAGGCCAACACGCCGCAGGAUUGAACUAUGGAUCUUCCGGUAGCGGAGCAGGUUCCACGAAUGGGGUAGCAAUCGGCGGAGGCCAACACGCCGAAGGAUUCGACCAUGGAUCUUCUGGUAGCGGAGCAGGUUCCGCGAAUGGGGCGGUAAUCAGCGGAGGCCAUCACGCCGCAGGAUUGGACUAUGGAUCUUCCGGUAGCGGAGCAGGUUCCACGAAUGGGGCGGCAAUCGGUGGAGGCCAACACGCCGCAGGAUUCGAUCAUGGAUCUUCCGGUAGCGGAGCAGGUUUGAUUUCUGGGGCAGGAUUCAAGGAGGGCCAGGGUGUUCAAGGUCAUGGUCAAGGUCAAAGUUUUGGUGCCAUCGGCGAUUCUGAGGCCAGUUCCUUGGCAACAUCAAAGAGCGAAGCUUCAGCCGGUGCCCAUGGAGGAAGUAGCCAGUCUUCCAGCUCCAGCCAAGCCUCAAGUUCCGGCGUCGGUGACAGCCGGAGCAAGAGUGAUAGCAGCAGCUGGUCUUCCGGGGGUGGGAGCGGCUCUUCAGCUUCCGCAAGCAGCCAUGCAGGCAGCUACACUGGAAGACAGUUGCCGGGAGUAAAGGGGCGCUAAAACAGUGAUGAUAUAUGCACGAUCGGCGAUCGCAACAAGUUCUACAAAAAAAAGAUCUAGAACUUGGAUACGCACAUACGAUUUAUGGGCAAAAAAAUCAGAAGCAAUUAUUGUAUUCCACUCUGAAUAACUAGAAAUUACACGAUAGGAUAGCUAGCGAAUAAUAAUUAUUACGAUUACGAUGAAUGUUUAUCCUUGAAUUUUAUAUAAGUCAAUUCGAAAUCGAUUGUGAUAAAUGAAGAUGUUUGAAAAAAUAAAAAGCUAAAAUGUA